GGAAUUUUAUCCGGUCUUAAAUUUCUGGUGUCGCCUCGGCAUUUCUCAUUCGCACUCCCGCAAAUUUAGUGACUCAAAGCUGAGAGAUGGCUUCUACUGCUCAUCUCUCGCUCCUCUCCAAAUUUUCACCUGUUUUCUUCUCCAAUCCCCAGUUCACUCCACCCUUUAAGUUAACUACGAAACGAACUGAAGCUUCCCGGUUCAGAUGCUCCGCUGGUCAGACCGGCUUCUUCACGAGGCUAGGCCGACUGAUAAAGGAGAAGGCCAAGAGCGACGUCGAGAAGAUAUUCUCCGGAUUUUCUAAAACUAGAGAAAAUCUCGCCGUAAUCGACGAGCUCUUGCUCUAUUGGAACCUUGCCGACACCGAUAAAGUUCUUGACGAGCUGGAAGAGGCGUUGUUGGUGUCUGAUUUUGGGCCUAAAAUCACUAUUAAGAUUGUGGAGAGCCUGCGGGAGGAUAUACUGGCUGCGAAGCUUAAAUCAGGAAGUGAAAUAAAGGAUGCUUUGAAGAAGAGUGUGUUGGAUGUCUUGACUAAGAAAGGAAAUAAGACGGAACUUCAACUUGGAUUCAGAAAACCAGCUGUAGUUAUGAUUGUUGGGGUCAAUGGAGGUGGGAAGACAACGUCUCUUGGAAAGCUGGCUUAUAGAUUAAAGAAUGGAGGAGCAAAGGUAUUGAUGGCUGCUGGUGAUACAUUUAGAGCAGCUGCUAGCGAUCAGCUGGAAAUAUGGGCAGAGAGGACAGGGUGUGAGAUUGUUGUGGCUGAAAGAGAGAACGCCAAGGCAUCAUCAGUUCUUUCACAGGCUGUAAAAAGAGGGAAAGAGCAAGGUUUUGACGUUGUUUUGUGUGAUACAUCUGGACGUCUUCACACUAAUUUCAGCCUGAUGGAAGAGUUGAUAGCAUGCAAAAAAGCUGUGGGCAAGGUCAUUCCUGGUGCACCUAAAGAGAUUCUACUUGUCCUUGAUGGAAAUACUGGUUUGAAUAUGCUUCCACAAGCAAGAGAGUUCAAUGAAGUUGUUGGAAUAACAGGUUUGAUCCUGACAAAACUUGAUGGGUCUGCCAGGGGUGGUUGUGUGGUCAGCGUAGUUGAUGAACUUGGCAUCCCAGUGAAGUUUGUGGGCGUUGGUGAAGGUGUAGAAGACCUUCAACCCUUCGAUGCAGAGGCAUUUGUUAAUGCUAUAUUCUCAUGAGGCCUAAAAUGUGCUUAGUAUGUAACACAGCUUUGCAUUGUGCAUUUCCUGUACCAAGUUCUUUUCAUGGAUUAAAAAUUUGGCUCGAAGUUUCUGAUGACGCUUCAACCAUCAGCCUUCUAGAGCGUAAGAGUAGGCGGUGAUACUUUAUUCAUAACGUUAGCAAGCGACAAAAGGAUGAUUUGCUUCUGGUAUACAUCUCAUGGUUGGCAAAUUGGAAAAUAUUUUUGCCGUUGGCAGUUCCUUUCAUAAGGUAUCUGCUGGGUCUUUUGCUGGUCCUUAACAAGCAGACAAAGAUGAGGGUACUGUAGAGUUCAGAGGCUUUUAAAUCUAUUCUGGACAUAUUUCCAGGGUGUUUCUUAAUUUAUAUCAGCUGUUCAUAGCAGUUUAGUUAUUGUAAUCACAUUGCUUGAGUUUCAGUAGUUUCAAUGUGUUAAUUCGGUUCAAGAGUGUUUCAGACUUUCUUUUGGUGAUUUGUAAAGUGAGGUUAGAAGCUUAUAGAA